GUAACAGGGAAUCGAAUCCGGAACGUGUCAGUGGUAAUCAGACGGCAGACGAGAAUAUGCGUUCAGAAUGCCGACAGCGCGUCGAGUCUAUGUCGACGGGUUCCUAUGGGAUUGAGGACGCUUCGUGAUUAGGAGCCCACGCGUGUCGGCGACUCGUGCCGCAGCAGGGGCUCGACAGACGAUCGAUACCCGCCCGCCUCCCCGCCGCCAGUGUGCGUCGCGCUGCGACUGCGGUACAACGUGUCCUCGACAUUUGUGCUUCGCGGUCGCUACUCCAGCAGUCUGCAGCAGUCGAGUGACACAAUGACUCAACGCGACGAAGGAACCCUCGACAACAACCUCAGUUUGAUAGUGGAAAUACAAAAGUAUGAGUAUUUAUACAACUUCAACAUGCCCGAAUAUUCUAAAAAGGACAUGACCGAAAAGGCGUGGGGCGAAAUAUCCAAAAAAAUUGGCGUCUCUAUAAACGAUUGCAAAGAGAAAUGGAGAAACAUCAGAAGUGCAUUUCUAAGAAGUUUGAAAACGACUGGAGGUAAAUCGAAACGGCCUUACUAUUUGAGGGAAGAGCUGAAAUUUGUUAUGCCGUACAUAAAGCCCCACCACCAGUCCGUCGUCGGCACGCUCUACAGCAGCAGCGCCGACUCCGCCGAGAGCCGGAACAUCAUCGAGCUGGACGUCAACGACGUCAUCGCGGACGAGAGCCACUUCGGGCUCCAAGACGUGCCCAUAUUCGUUGCGGCGGGGACCACGGUGGUCCCGCCAGCGAAGAGCCACUCGUCCCCGACCGCUGAAACUGCAGCAGAAACUCCGACAGCUCCGACAGUUAUCGAAGUCGAAACUAGCCGGCGGAAGAAACGGAAACGGGUUAAAAAAACAGAUUUAGAAAAUUGCUUUCGGGAUUAUCUGACGUACAAAAAACAAAAAGACGAAACGAAAAAAACGACCACUGAAAGCAGUCUACCUCAGCCGACGUACAGCCACAUCCAGCAUUUUUUCAUGAGCUUGAUGCCUGACAUCGACAGCAUGACAGAGGAGCAGGUGCGCCGCUUCAAAAUAGAAGUAUUGAUGUUGAUUGACAAGCUGAAGAGCACCUAGCAGAAAUAAGAUUAUUCCCGGAAGGUGAUGCACAUCGCACGCUCCAUUUGUGGGAAUUGUAUCAACUUGAUGCUCUUUGAUGUGGAAUUGGAAAGGAACUAGUCAACUUUUAUAAAUUGUGUA